GUAAAAGUGUAUGGCUAUCGGAUAGAAUGGAAUGAAUGUGUUAUAGUUAACGUAUAGCAUUAAGAUCAUAUUAAUGUGGAAAGGAGGUUUUUUAGAAUGUGCAGACAUCCCUAAUAGGUACUUUGCGGUCCAGGUCGACAUUUGAACAGCUGUGAGUGCAAUGCGAUCUUGGUUCAAUCUUGACUCGUGUGUCUGUGAUCAUGAUCAAUCGACAAUCGUGACUGCAUUACCUUUCUAUUUUCAGUUUGAUGGUAUUUUGCUCCUUAGUAAUUGAGUGCUAUAUAUGAACAAUUUUGAAUUUUGGAUCAGGUUUUGAUGCCAUUGCCAGGCCGCUGUCAGCCGCUGCCCCCGCCCCCGCCCCCGCCCCCGCCCCGCCAACAUGGGCAAGUUCCUGUCCAAGAUAUUCGGCAAUAAGGAGAUCCGGAUCCUGAUGCUGGGACUGGAUGCAGCUGGAAAGACCACUAUUUUAUACAAGCUGAAACUAGGUCAUUCCGUCACAACCAUACCCACGGUUGGGUUCAACGUAGAAACAGUAUCGUACAAAAAUGUCAAAUUCAACGUUUGGGACGUCGGUGGCCAGGACAAGAUCCGGCCGCUGUGGCGGCACUACUACACGGGCACGCAGGGCCUGAUAUUCGUGGUGGACUGCGCCGACCGCGACCGGAUCGACGAGGCCAAGCAGGAGCUGCACCGGAUCAUCAACGACCGCGAGAUGAGGGACGCCAUUAUCCUGGUGUUCGCCAACAAACAGGACCUGCCCGACGCCAUGAAGCCACACGAGAUUCAGGAGAAGCUCGGACUGACGCGCAUCAACGACCGCAACUGGUACGUGCAGCCGGCGUGCGCCACCACCGGCGACGGCCUGUUCGAGGGCCUCAUGUGGCUCACGUCCAACCACAAGUCGUGAGGUGGCGCGCCGCGCCGGCCCCGUCACACUGCCGGUGUCCGCCGCCAUUCCAGCGCCGCGGGCGGCACGUCGGCCGUCCCCCGGCCUCACUGCAUAUCUCCGGGCCGCGCGCCGCCGCCGCUGUGCCGACGGCGGAUAGAGUGGCUCUGCUUGGCGCUGUAGAUGCCAUUCGGACCCGGGUAAAUCACUAUAUUAUUUAAACUAGCCGAUAGCUUUGUAUGGUGGCGUCUGAAAGGACGGUGCUGUUACGAGUUGACUGCCCGCCGAGUGCCGCGCCACUGGCGCACGGACGCACGCACAACCCGGCGACCGGGCCGCCCGUGCCGACUGCGAUGCGACCACUGACGAAGCGAUACGAUGCGUUGUGAUGAAUGCACCAUGUGAGUGCGGUGAGCGCCGCGACCGAGGGGCGCCCGUCGAGCCUCGUGUUACCGUGAUUAGUGGCGUUUAGUGGCCGCGAGCCGCGGCAGCAUCGCUGACAACCGGCCGGCUUCCAUUGGGACGCCGGCCGGCCGCCGCGGCGGCCCGUCCGGUUUCCGCGGUGACGCCGGUGGCCGUGUUGGCUGCGGGGUCUUCCGGGAGCGGGGUGCUGGCUGGAAGCGGCUCCUGAAGUUCCGAGGUCCUUUGACUUCAUAUCGGGACGCGCAGAGGCGCGAGGGCUCUAGACAACACCUGGGAGAAUGUGCGAGGAUGCAUGCGUACCUUAUCUACUGAAUACUGAUCCCAGCUCAUGACGUGACUCGUUCCGUGAAUAAAAUGCUUGAUAUAUUGUGACGCUGAUCUGA